AUGGCCAACAAAAUUCUUCGCGUUGGAGUGAUCGGAUGCGGUGAAAUCACUCAAGUUGCCCAUAUUCCAACUCUUGGGUUCCUCUCGGACUUUUUCCAGAUCACCUACCUUUGUGAUGUCUCUGGAAAUGCCCUCCAGCACUGUAAAAACAAGGUCAUUGGAGGCGUGCCUCAGACUACUUGCAACGCCGAAGAACUCUGUGCUAGUCCCAAUGUGGAUAUUGUGAUGAUUGCGAACAGCGAUGCUUUCCAUGUUCCCCACACUAUUCUAGGCCUAACUCAUAACAAGAUUGUCUUCAUUGAGAAGCCCAUGGCCUUGUCGUUGAAAGAUGCCGACGAAGUCAUUCGGCUUGAGAAGCAAUCAUCUGGAAAGGUGAUGGUGGGGUACAUGAGACGUUAUACCGCUGGUUUCCUCGACGCAAUCAAGGAAAUUGGAAGUCUUGACCAAAUUCAAUAUGCGCGUGUGCGGGACGUGGUUGGUCCCAACUCCUCGUUUGUUGGGCAAUCGGGCACUUUCCCCAAGGUCUUCUCCGACUACAAGCCUGAGGAUUCCAAGGAUUUGGCAUCCAAGACAGACAACUUUCUUGAGCAGGCUCUGACGAAGGAGCUUGGCAUUUCCGUCGAUUCAGAUACUGCCACUCAAUGGAGGCAUCUUGGUAGUCUCGGUUCGCAUGAUCUUAGUGCUAUGAGAGAGGCUCUCGGCAUGCCAACGGGAGUGCUCGGCGCUUCUCUUUGCACCGCUCAAGGACCACAGUUCUGGAGUGCUCUCUUCCAAUAUCCCUCUUUUGCUGUAUCGUAUGAGUCAGGAAUUGACGACGUGCCCCGUUUCGAUGCAUCUAUCGAGGUCUUUGGUAAGCAAAAGACCGUGAAGGUCUGCUUUGAUUCUCCUUAUGUCAAGGGUUUGCCUACCACCAUGCACAUCCGCGAGAAGCUUGAAGAUGGAUCCUUCCGGGAGUCUAUGACCAGAAAGACUUAUGAAGAUGCCUACACUCUGGAAAUGAAGGAGCUCUACGAGUUUGCUGUCCGUGGCAAGCCUGCUAAGACCACUUCGGAGGAUGCUAAGAAGGACUUGGAAAUAUUUGGCAUGAUCAUGAAGGCAGGAUUGGAAGGACAAGCUCGACUGGGCCUCAAGAAAUAG